CAUCCCCUGCCUUGUGUGGGACCUGGUCUCAGCAAGCCAUCUCCCAGGGUCCCUUUAGUCUCCGAGUCCUGAGCUAUCCCUCAGCAGUAGAGCGGGGCGCUUGGAAGUGGCCUACCCGGGCAGAUGGUGGUGCCCAGGAGCCCCUGCCUGCCAUACAGGCACAGAGGCAUGGAGCAGUGGGUGCACGCUGGUGUGCACGGGAAGCCUGCUGCGGCGACCCCAGAGCUUGGGGCAACGCGGGGAGGGUGCCCUUGUGCAGCGCGCGUUCGUGCUCGUUUGCUCAGCACACAGGUGGUGGCUGAGGGGCUCCUGAGGGAGAGGCACAGGCCAGAGCCCUGGACGGGGCUGCAGUAGGGAGGCCAGAGCACAGGAAGACCCAGGGCAUGGGGGGCACAUCCGCCUGUCCCUCGCUCUGGCAGGGUGGCCCUGCUGGCCGAGACGUGGGGCUGUGUCAUUGGGGUGCAGCAUCCUGCCCGGUCCCUCCUGGGGGCUGGGUCAGGGUGGUAGGCCAGGCCUGGGGGCAGGGCAGGGGUCUGUGGGGGAGGCGGGACCCCUGGGUCCUGGCACCUUAUCUGUGGGUGCCAGGCAGGGCCAUCCCAGGAUGGGGGCGGCAUCUCCCUGGGCCCUGUUAUCAGUCCCAGAGUCCACAGGACACUGCUCGGGUUAACGUGUAACCACGCACCAUCCCCUCCACCCCCAAAGCCUCUGGUGCCCACAUACAGGCCACUUGGGGGGACCUCAAACCAACAUGGACACCUGGCAAGAGGGGCUGCCCCAGAAGCCUUGUUCCUCAGCCCAACAGCCCCACGUGGGCAGGUGGCUGAGCCCCUUCUUUCUGGCCUGCGCUGCCUACUUCCUCCUCUGGAUCCCGGAGGAGCAGCCGUCCUGGGUCAGCGCCCUGGUCAAGUGCCUGCCCGUCCUCUGCCUGCUGCUGCCCCUGCGGGCCGUGGGUCCGGGCGGGCGCCACAGCACGCUGCUGCAGGGGGCUCUUCUGUGCUCCGCCCUCGGGGACGCCUGCCUCAUCUGGCCCGGGGCCUUCCUGCACGGCGUGGCUGCCUUCGCUGCAGCCCACCUGCUCUACCUCUGCGCCUUCGGCCUCACCCCCUGGCAGCCAGGCCUCCUGCUGCCCGUCGUCCUGGCCUCUGCCCCCUAUCACUGCCUCCUGCUGCUCCACGUCCCGCCUGCUGAGGUCCUGCCCCUGACGGCCUACGCCCUGGUGCUGGCCACCGUGCUGUGGCGUGGCCUGGCCAGGGGUGGGGGCGCCAGCUGGGGUGCCCUGCUCUUCACGCUCUCAGAUGCCGUGCUGGCCUGGAACACCUUUGCCCAGCCCCUGCCCUACGGCCGCCUGCUGGUCAUGGCUGCCUACUAUGCUGCCCAGCUCCUCCUCACCCUGACUGCCUUCCAGAGCCAGGGGCUCAAGACCAGCUGACCAGAGUCAGGCCAGGCAGCUGUCUGGCCUCCCAGAUGGGCAGGGACGAGCUCCCUCGGGGCAGGCGCCAGGCUGGGGGCUCCUGUCCGCAGGCACCGGGUGGCACCCGCCUGCACAGGGCCCGCCUUUGCUCACACAGACCCUUGCUGGGUCCUCCCCCGCCACCCGCCGGUCCCCCUUCCCAGAUGGCCUUUGGGACCCACCUGCCCCUUCCCUCUGGCCCUCAGUUGAUUCUUUAUUGCCUGAGUAAAGUGGACGUUGAAACAGU